CGCUUUGUUUACGUUUGCAUCUGCCAUUUGUAGCGCUUGUUUUCGGCUUGCAUCGGCAGAAAGAAUUGCAUAAAAUCCCGGUGUUUUGCGGUCUUACUAUCGACGAUGGGUUCGAAGAAACACAAGAAACAUAAAUCCGAACGCAGGGAACGUGAAAGUGGCAAAGAAAAGUCGUUCAGCCUUGAUCGUCCACCCAGCCUAAAACUUAUACUGAAAGUUAGUGGCAACAGUUCGACGCCGGAGCAUGGGAACGAUUCACCAGCAUACGGUAUCCAGUCGGACGGCGGUAGCACUCUGUUCACCAGCACCAGCGGAGACUAUCCGGAGCGUCACAAAAAGUCGAAAAAGAAGAAAAAGAAAAAGGACCGUGAAAAGAAACACAAACAUCAUCACAAGGAGAAGCGGCACCGGCAUCGGGGUGACGAUACGAGCCACGGGGAGGAGGACGAAGAGGAGGAAGAUUUUAACAGCUUCGGAGAUGAGAGUUCCCAAGCGACGGCGGCAGAUACGGUGCCGAGUGUACACUAUCCGGCGGCCAGUUCGGUAGCGGCAGCAGCUGUAGCUGCGGUGGCCAGUUCUUCGCUGGCUGCUCAACCCGUAACAAAGCCGCUGCUACCGGAAGCGUUGCUUACUCCGAAGCUUGAGUCGGAUCUUGAGCAGGAAUCCAUUACCGAGCACGAUGGAGUGCUGCUCGGUGGAGGACUUGUGCCUAAGGAAGAGCUAACAACAGCACCCAGCUCAGUGACGACGGACGAACCACUGCAAAGUCCAGGUUCGAUGCAGUCCUCAUCACGACCGGGCAGUAAGAUAGAUUUUCACGACACUAGCUCGAGCCAAGCGCCGAAAACACCCAACUCGGACUGUAGCGGCCGAGAGCCGCGGAGUUGCGUGCUGAAGCAGAAGCAGAGCCGUUCACCACUGAACAAACUGUUGGACCAUCUGCUGAAAGCGCUGGAAAAGCGUGAUCCGCAUCAGUUCUUUGCGUGGCCCGUUACCGACGACAUUGCGCCCGGGUACUCGUCGAUCAUUCUCAAACCGAUGGACUUUUCCACCAUUCGGCAAAAGAUUGAGGACAACGAGUAUGGGUCGGUGUCGGAGUUUAGUGAAGAUUUUAAGCUCAUGUGCGAGAACGCGAUCAAGUACAAUCACUCGGAGACGGUGUACCAUAAGGCGGCGAAGAAGCUGCUGCACGUUGGCGCACGCUUGCUGCAGACGGACAAUCUGAUGCGCUCGUUACGCCCGCUGAUGACGUAUAUGCGCGAGCUGACAGCCAAAGAGCUUGGGUUCGAGCUACCGAUCGGAUCGGGCGAUGGCACAGACAGUGACUUUCAUCAUCAGCACCAUACGGCCGACUCGGCAGACGAAGCAAUGGCAGCGGCCGUUGACGAAGGCAUUAACGCGCAGAUUGAAGAGGAGGAAAAGCGCAAACAAAUUCGGCUGGAAAACAAUCCACACACCAAGUUUGAAGCGUUUGUGGAUGAUUUGACGACGGAUGAGGUGUUGGCGCAGGUACAGAGUGCUGCGCUAAACGCACGGACAAAACUGUUGAAACGAAAGUCAGCCCACAAGCUGGGCUUUUUGCGCCAGCACAAAGACGGUACGACUUCGAUGAAGAUUCUGCUCGACACGAAGUCGGAGGGCGGUCCGGAACGAACGGUGACGCUGGGUGCGCACACGGGCAAGCUACAGUACGGCACGGGGCAGCUGCAAGGCUUCCGGGAAGAUCGUCGCAAUAGUGCAAAAAUCGUAAAACCACUCAGUUACGGUGCGUUCAGCUCGUUCGCGCCCGUGUUCGAUUCGCGCUUUGCCAAUCUUAGCAAGGAGGAAACGGAAAUGGUCCUCAACACGUACGGUUGUGAGACGGGCGCGGAUUAUGCGGAAAGUAUUUUACGCUUCGCGAUGGACAGUCCGUUCGCCGCCGGCAUGGCGCACAAUCUGCUGGACGUGUUGACGAACGGUGAGCAUCGGCAGACGUACGGCAAGCUGUACGAAACGCACAUGCAGCGUGAAGAGAGCAAAGCCGUCCGGCAUACGUUCCCCGAUCCGGUCGAGGUGGCCGAAGAGGUUAAACGGUACGCGAACGUACGAAUCGAUUUCGAUAGCUUGCGGUCUCUGUCGAGCCUGGGUGUCGAUAUGAAUUUUCUGGACGAGCUCGAGUGUCAGCUGAAGGGUGCCGAAAUCGGUCCACAGCUGCAGCAAUCGUUGAGCACCAAUUCGGACCUGCUGCAGAAGCUGCAUCAGCUACAGACGGAUCGAUUGUCGGCGCCAUUGCCAGCCCAUCUGUCGCACAUUCAGCAUCCGUCGGAGGGUGAGCUGGAGCUGGCGGGUCAGAUUACGACCAAUUUGACGGCGAUCGCAAAGCAGCUUCCACCGGCGGCCAUCGCAAAUCCUCACUCGCUGCGGAAAGCUAUGGGUAUAAGCACCGCUGGAUUGGACAUUUUUCAACCUCCACCAACAACGAAUGCAAUGAGCGGCGCCAACCCGCCAUCAGUACCUGCACAAUCGCUUCAACCUGCAGCACCGCAGCAACAGCAAAACGGAAAUGUGACAGCACCCUCCCAUCCGACCGGUAGCAGUAUUUCCAACACCAACCAACCGCCAGCCCCAACAGUUGACAUUGACACAACGCCGAUGGAUAUGGAUCUCGAACCGGAACCCAUCUCUCACCAUCACCAUCAGCACCAUCCCCAUCCGCACCAUCUCACCCGACCGGCCCAGCAGCAACCUUCCGCCCAGCAGCAGCAGCAGCAGUCGAUUAUUCAACCUAAUCCCGUCGUUUCUGCAGCUCCAUCGGUCGAUAUCGAUAGUGAGCUGCGUGAGUUCCUGGGUGCUGGCCCCAGUACGGCGGGCGGGACGGAAUCGUCCGAUACGGCUUGCAUCGAGCAAAUGUUGAUGGAUUAAGGCUCUUAUUAAGAUGGUUUAUCUGUGUGCUUGUUUUUGUGUACGUGUGUGUGUGUGUUUUAUUGUAGCAAGAGAGGGGUGCAAAAACUGCUGUAUUUUUUAUAUAAAACAAAGCAAAAGAAAACAGAUGCCUCUAGGGUGGUUAGGAUUUAUUAGGCGAAGGGAAGUUUUAUUUUUAAAUAUAAAUCGAAAAGCGAUCCAUAGCGAUCUGUAUCGCGCUGCGUAUUACAAGUGCUUCGGGGACGGGGACGAGAAAAAAAAAACAAAACUCUAACUCAAGUUGAAAAUAUGGUUAAAAUUUUAACUUUCUUUAAAUUGUACGAUAAAAUUAGAUUAAAUAAAAUGACUUAUCAUAAAUGG